AUGGAUCAUAUGGAUAUGGAUAUGGACAACGGGCCGUUCAUGUGGAUGUGGUUCCACACGAAACCACAAGACACUGUACUCUUCUCCACGUGGAACAUUACCAGUGCUGGAAGUGAGGAACGAUGGAAAAGUGGACAUACAAUAUCGAUCUUCGUUUUCAGCAAUGAUCUGGGCUUGUGUUCUCAUUGCUAUCGCUGGGAUUCUGCUCGAAUUGAUCAAGUACACGAGACGACUGAUUCAGAAGAGAAAUCCGAAUAGCAAGAAGAGCAGGUAAGCUCAAAGCCUUCCUACUUUUGUUCUGAACGACAAAAAUCACUUAGGAACCUGAUGAAACAGAAAAAAACUCAAAAUUUAUGUCUAAAAAUCACCUUCAGAGUUUCCAAUAGAACGACACUCGAAUACCGUUCAUUAAAAGCUUUGUAUCUUAGCUGUCUGUAGAGAUAUCAAAAAGUAGUCAACUAACAAAUUGUUCAUUAUACAAUUGUGCACACUUUAUCUGUUGACAAUUUUUUGAUUUCUCCACCGUCAGCUGAGAUACAUCGCUUCAAAUCUUCAGCUACCUCUCCCGCCUCUUCUCGUCCACGCACCUCGUCCAAACGUGUCUCUUUUUCGUUCAACUCGGCUUCUCCUACUGCCUCAUGCUCAUCUUCAUGACUUUUUCCAUCUGGUUGGGACUAGCAGUCGUUGUCGGAUUGACAAUCGGCUUUUUGAUAUUCGGAGGCAAAAGUGAUUAG